AUGGAAGCAUUGGGACAGGAAAUACCGCGACGGUUCGAUUACUUCUACACGAUUGAACGCGGUGCUUGGCUGACACUUGCUACGCCCGACAGACUAAGAUCUGCUAGAGUGGACACUUACAGACACCACGGUCGAACGAGAGCCAUGGAAAAGCUAAAGACAGCAUUGUGGCCAACGUCUCGAGAUUACAGUACUGUGCGUACAAGCCAAUCUGAUGAUGACGAACCACAAGAGGUUGUGGAAGAGCGGUUGCGUGGAGACCUGGCCAUCAUGGAGAGCAACGUGUGGUGCCUACGCAUGAGUCUGCUCAUCACCGUCUCGGCUCUCUUGCUCGUCACUAUUUUCGCCGUCUUCAGUCGUGUUUCCUGUGUCAGAUCGUCCCUUGCUUGCGGUGAAGGCCACAUAGGAAGCGAUCCAAAUGGUUUCGUACCGCCUAACAUCGGCGAGCCUCCAAGAUGGACAUUGUUCGACAGCACGUCACCUUAUUACAUCCCCGAAGAUACAUUCGAUGAUCUUGACAAAACUAAGAUGAUGGCUAAGAAGCUGAAGAGCCUGCACAACUCCUCGAACGUCCUUUUGAAUGGCAAGUUCGCCGACUGGAAGAAGCCAGACGGCACCGUCGCAAAGUUGCCUGCGUAUUAUUCAACCGUGUCCAACCGACAGACAUACAUCAUUCGCUCAUUUCACCAGAUGCACUGCCUCAUAUCCAUCACUGAAGAGUACGGCCACAGAGUACACAACGUAUCGUCGCAAUGGGCCCCUCAGCACGUCGCGCACUGCCUCAACGCGAUCCGAGAAGCAAUCAUGUGUCUGGCCGACGCCACGCCCAUGACGUACGUCAACGGAUUUGCCGUUGGACAUGUCACGGAUGACCAGCAGUUUAUGUGCCGAGACUGGUCUGCACUGCGGAGAUGGGCAAACGAUCCGGUGAGAGGGAUACGGUACAAGAACCUCGCGCCCGAGGGUGCCAAGCACGACCAAUACACCGAGAUCAUUCCCUUUCCAGAGCUCUCGGAGUUGGAAAAGGUCGGCCUCGCCUGAUGUGCUGGUAUCUGGGCUGAAACCUGACGAUGGGUUGAGCCAUGUUUCACGCAGUAGCUUUCACUAGGGUAGAUGCCAUCAUGAGCGGGCAUAUUUCACUGAAUUUUGACUUCCUUGAUACUUCCCCCAAUGCAAGAAAUCAGUUCGUGAUAUGGAGGGUAGACUCUGACUUGGAAUGGCUUUUCUACGGAGUUGUCACAACCUACAUCCGUCUUUCCAUAUGCAAACAUCGGUACUUCUAUCUCGUAAACCUUUUCAAGUCUCUAUACACC